AUGACGCGCUUCAUUUACGUUGCGGCUCUGUCGCUAACCAGCUUAGCGUUCGCUCAGACAAUCCAAGAUGGCGUCGAGGCAACCCCAGAGACUGUUGCUCCAGCCGUCGAGAAAGUGGACGUUGAUGCCUCAUCAUCUGGCAUCAACUAUUUCCCCUUCGAAUCAAGCCAGCUUACGCCUGAAGUUAUCACCAAUUUGACAAAUUAUAAUCUUACUAAUGUUGAGCUUUUCAAUUUCACCGAUACUGAAGCUGCGGUUCAAAAACGUACCGGCCGCGUGUGUAAAACUUAUCCCGGGGACAGAUUUUGGCCGAUUCGCCCUAUAUGGGAUCUCCUUAAUAUUCUAUUAGGAGGCGCUCUAGUUGAGGGCGUGCCAACCGCAGCGCCAUGCUAUUCUGAUUGGCCUCAGUAUGACAAAGCCAAGUGUGAUUCGAUCACUUCUCAGUGGAACACGCCUCAAUAUCAACUAUCACAACCUCUAGGAAUCCAGUAUUAUGCCUUUGAGGGAGUGAGCUGCUUGCCGCCUAGCCUUACACGGACGGGGGCUAAAUGCACACUAGGUGGUAUGCCGUCGUAUGUUGUUAAGGCAACCAAUGUCGCGCAGAUCCAGCUUGCUGUCAAUUUCGCGCGGAAUCUUAACCUGCGGCUGAUCGUCAAGAACAAAGGCCAUGACUUCAAAGCCAAGUCUACUGGUGCUGGAUCGCUUUCCAUCUGGACCAAUGCUCUACAAGGCAUCCAGUACUUGGGUUCCACGUACUCCCAUGGCCCAUCGGGUUACAGUGGACCAGCUUUUAAGAUUGGUGCUGGUGUUCAGGCACUUCCCCUUUAUCAAGCCGCAAACAAAUUAGGUCUUCAUAUUGUCGGUGGAAAUACUCGUACUGUCGGCAUCGGUGGUGGAUACAUCGCUGGUGGUGGCCAUUCCCCCUUGCUAUCUAUGUAUGGCAUGGCAGCUGAUCAAGUAUUGUCCAUGGAAGUUGUGCUACCUAAUGGCCGUUUUGUUUCUGUUGAUGAGAAAAAGUAUCCCGAUCUUUUCUUCGCCCUUCGCGGCGGAGGUGGCAGUACCUGGGGUAUCGUGACCUCGCUUGUUAUUCGGGCUUACCCGAAGAAGCCCGUCUCUACUCUCAGUUAUAGCUUCGGUGUCAAUACUAACGUAUCGAAGGAGACGUUCUGGAAGGGAGUCGAUGCUGUUUUCGCCAAAUUUCCCGAAUUUGCCGAUAAGGGGAUGUAUAACUAUUGGUCUAUCAGCUGCAUAUUUGACUGUUCCUUCUCCAUGGCUCCUCAAUGGGGAAAUGAUAUGAACUCUGCCAAGCUCAAGACAUUGUCUACUCCAUUAUUCGACGAGCUUGCGGGGUUGGGAAUUACCGUUAGCGAUGCCGUGUAUAAAGAAUAUGAUGGAGUGCUGGGUGGCAUCGAAGGUACCUGGUCUGCUGAAAGUGAACAGACUGGCGUCUGGAAUUUUAAUACUGGGUCAAGAUUGUUCCCCCGUUCUAACUGGGACGAUCCGGCGAAGCUUGCUGCACAAAACGCGGCGCUUCGGGAGAGUGUCGAAAAGGCUGGCUUAAUGCUCGGCUACAACAUGAAAGCAGCAGUCAACCCCUCAGUCAACCAGACCAACGCCGUGAAUCCAGCAUGGCGCCAAACCGUCCUGCAUGCACUACUAGGUGCCACUUGGAGCCAGGAAGCCACUGCUCAGGAUAUCGCGACCGCGAACAAGAACCUCGUCCAGAUGAUGCAACCAUGGCGAGACGCAUCCCCCAAUUCUGGCGCAUACCUCAACGAGGCGGACAUUAACGAACCCAACUGGCAGCAAGCCUUCUAUGGUUCAAACUACGCAUAUCUUUACCAGCUCAAACAGCAGUACGACCCUUGGGGCCUAUUGUGGGCACCUACAGCUGUUGGCUCCGAGGACUGGUACAUAACUAACCAGGUUGAGUAUUACCCAACACAGAACGGAAAGCUGUGUCCCAAAUAG